UGUGCCGGCCGGGGGCUGCGUGGCCGAGCGGCGGAUGUUGGGGUUGGUGAUUCAGAUGAUGACAGGAAACCAGAAGCUGGUGAACGAGCCCGGGAGGAACCGGCUCCAGUGCUGGUGGCGUGUGACCGUGCAGGAGGAGAUGGGACAGAUGGGGACGAGCGGCUGAGGGCUGGAUGCAGCCAGGCCAUGGCGCAGCUGGAGCUGCUGUGGGCAGCCGCGCUGAUGCUGCUCGGGGCCGCUGUCAGCCUCUGCGUCAAGUGCCAGCUCUCCGCCACCAAGCGAGAGAAGCAGCCAAGUGAGAGGACGAACCAGCUUGAAGGGCAGCAGACGUUUGAGGUGAUUCGAUUCCAUUCCACUACGACCCGAAGGCUGGAACAAAUUAAGGAGCCUGAAAACUUAUCAAUAGCAAGGAAAACCACCAAGGAACUCAGUGCCUCCCGGCACGCUGGAUACGGGAGCCGGACCGAGUGCAGGUACCAGAACUUCCUGACAGUGGUACGGCGUGCUGACGGCAAACCCUCUGUGCUUGCAGAGGACUACCUGCAAGAGGACGCUGCCUACGUGGAGCCCAUAUCUCUGGAUUACUACAACUGUGCCAGUUUCUUCAGACCACCCAAUGAGAAAGAAGAGGAUUCCCAUUCCUAUCAAAACGUUGUCAUUGAAGUGUCUCACAGCUCCGAUUCAGAUGAUGCUGUAGACUAUGAGAACAGCACAGCGAUACACGUAUGGGAACUCCAGCAAGUGGAAGCUCUGCAGAGAGAAAGCCCAGAUGAUGAGCCAGACUACGUCAACACGGCUCCUGUGUCAGGCUCUGACACUCUGUCAAUGCAAAGAAGCAGUUUCCUACAGGAGAGGAACUGGCAAGGCAGAGGAUGCUUUUACAACAGCAGCAGUUCUCUGGUGCUGAAUGAGAUACCAACUUGUUCAUUAUCUGUUCUGUAACGAUGCAAAGACGCUGCAACAACUGAGGUCAGAGCCACAGCUGCCAGCCUCAGAAAUGGCAUCAAGUCUUUCAGUAUUGCUGUAGGAACACCAGCCCUGAAACAUAACCUCUGUCUCUUGAGCCCCAAUGCACAGAUUUGGCACCGCUGUACCACUUAUUUAUUAAAAUUGAAAAGCCUCCAAAGAAAA